UCGAUACCAACCUGAAACUGAAAACAAGAAGGCGAAAACACCGCCGUUUCUCAGCAUUGACUGGCGCGGUCGCUAACGUACCUUUAAACGACACGUGUUGGGUUUGUUUUUAUUGUGAGAUAGAGGCGAACGCAAAAAUAGUAACGGUAGUAGCAGGUAGCGCAUGAUUCUGUUGGGAGCUUGAUGUGUGUGUCCGUGUUUGUUUGUGUGUAGAUGUGGGGUUGUGUGAUUUCUCGGUUUAGCCGUAUUUCUGCCAGAAACCUUUUCACGAUGCGCCUGAAGACCACCGAGUUCCAGUCGUUGUUCACGGAGGGGCUGAAGGGACUCGCAGGUGACGCUCGUUUUAUGAUGGUUGUUUGAGAAACACCAGUAUGAGCUGCGGAUCGCUGGGGGAGCAGUGCGUGAUCUACUAUCUGGAAAGCGACCAGAAGAUGUCGAUUUUGCCACAACAGCAACUCCAGAGCAGAUGAAGAGUCUGUUUCAAGCAGCAGGGAUCAGGAUGAUCAACAACAAAGGAGAGAAGCACGGCACCAUUACAGCACGACUGCACAAUGAAAACUUUGAGGUAACCACGCUGCGGGUGGAUGUUCAGACAGAUGGUCGGCAUGCAGAGGUGGAGUUUACCAUGGACUGGCAGAAGGACGCAGAACGCAGAGACCUCACCAUCAACUCCAUGUUUUUAGGGCUUGAUGGAACCUUAUAUGACUAUUUUAAAGGAUAUGAAGACCUGCAGAACCAUAGAGUGCGCUUUGUUGGAAGUCCUGAGCAAAGAAUUCAGGAGGACUUCCUGCGAAUACUCCGUUAUUUCAGGUUUUAUGGCAGAGUGGCUUUAAAACCCGAUGAGCACGAGCCGGAGACUCUGGCUGCCAUCAAGGAACACGGCCAGGGACUGGCGUUCAUAUCCGGAGAGAGAAUCUGGGUGGAGCUGAAGAAAAUAGUGGUCGGUAAUCAUGCUGCUCAUCUGCUGGAGUUGAUUUAUAAGAUGGAGCUGGCACAAUACAUAGGUUUGCCACCAGGAGGCGAUGUUGAGGGUAUGAAAGUAGUCUGGCAGAACUCCCAACACCUCUCGCCUAAACCAAUCACUGUCCUGGCUGCUCUCCUCCGCUGCCCAGAGGAAGUGGAAAAGAUGGACAUCCGGCUGAAGAUGUCCAGAGAAGAGAAGAGUCUAGGCUUGUUCCUCGUCAAACACAGACGCGACCUCUGUAGGCGGGAAAAGCAGCCGGACGCCCUCAGACCUUUCACAGACUUCAUCAUUGAUAGCCGGGACCCAGACUGUCAGAGUAAAGUGUGUGAACUGUUAAAGUAUCAAGGGGAGGACAAGCUCCUGUCAGAGCUGAGCUGCUGGUCCAAUCCUCGCUUUCCCCUCAGCGGCCACGACCUCAGAAAGAUCGGUAUCACCUCAGGAAAGGAAAUCGGCACCACCUUACAGACGCUGCGUGACAUCUGGAAGAAAAGUCACUACAAGAUGGACAAAGAUGAACUCCUGUCCCACGUGAAGCUUUGAGCUGGUCGGACGCAUGAAUCAUCUAAAGCUGUGUUCGCUUCUGUACGGACAGUACCAGUUAAAGCUGUGCUGGAUUCAUGUCAGCGAAGUAAACAGAUAUUUACCAAAAAGGCUGUUUUGCUAUUUCUGUUUUCAUAAUUGUAUUUAGUUUAAAUAUAAAACAAACAAAAAUAUAAAUAUCUGAGUUUACUAAUAUAUCAAUAUUUUGGUUUAAAUAUAUUUUUAGUUUAAAUACAUUCUGUUAUAACUGUGCAGUUUAUUAAAAGGCUCAGAAUGCUCUGUCCAAACUGCUGAACUUUAGAGCAGACAAGAGAGCAUCAUGGGAGUUUGUGUUCAGUAAAAUAUUCCAUCUUAAUGAAAAGAUGUUUGUUUUUUGUUCUUUUAAUGUACCAAUGACAUUUUUAAGCUGCACAGUGGUGUAGUGUUUGGCACUCGUCUCACAGUGAGAAGACCCUGGUUCAAAUCCUGGCUGGGUCCUUUCUGUGUGGAGUUUGCAUGUUUUUGCAUGUGCAUGUGUGGGUUUCCUUCCACAGUCUAGAAGCCUGCUUCCCAGGUUGGUUGACGUCUCUUGGUCUGAGUGGGAUUGAUUGACCCUGUGACAGACUGGUGACCUCUGUCUCCUACUUCCCCAGUUUUGCUCAGCAGUGGGUGGGAUAGGCCCCAGCAACCUUGUGACUCUGAAGGGGAUCUGAAAAUGCAUGACAUUUCAUUACAGGUGUAUUUAAAGUUAGACUCUAGUUUUUGUGACGAGGGUUUUUAAGGACACAUUUGGUUCACUUUAAGUGAACCAGAGUUAGUUUUCCCGAUAAUCCAGAACAAAUGUUCAGUCGGAAAAAACCCAAGUGGAAUCGCUCUCUGACCCUUCUUUGGAGGUGGAUUAGUUCGUUUCCAAUCAGACUGAGCUUCCAGUUCGCUCUGAGUAUGAUCUGUGUUCGGAGCGGAACAACUUAUGGGAUGUUAACGGAGGACUGAUGAGACACAGCAACUCAUUUAAAUGUGGUGAGAUGAAUGCAGGUUUAUUAAAACAACUUUUAAUGUGAUCCA